CGAUUGUGGAAAAAGUAUGUCAGUUUUAUUUUAAUCAACCGACAGUGAGAAUCUAAUCUGCUUAAGCACACAAUGAGUCCAUUUGUUAUUAUCGCUGUUCUGUCCACUUUGGCACUCUCAGCCAACGCUAGUCUUCUUGGCGCACCUGCACCACUUGCAUACGCCGCGACACCAGCUGCCUACGCUAGCGGUCCAGUCUAUGCUCGUUAUGCCGCUGCCCCAGCUCCUUUAGUUGCCGCCGCUCCAGCUCCACUCGCCGCUGCUGCACCCAUUGUGAAACCAAUUGUUGCCAGGACUUAUGCUGCCGCUCCAGCACCACUCCUUUCUUUUAGGUCUGUAGCUGCCCCAGUUGCUGCUCCUCUUGCCGCACCUGCACCAAUUGUUGCCGCUAAAGCUUUGGCCGCCCCAGUCGCCGCUCCAGUUGCUGUUGCUGCCGACAUUGUUGACCCACACCCCCAAUAUACCUAUGCUUACAAUGUACAGGAUGCUUUGACCGGUGACUCGAAAACUCAAGAGGAGACUCGUGAUGGUGACGUCGUUCGUGGCUCAUACUCGCUCAUCGAACCCGAUGGUUCCCGUCGUAUUGUCAACUACUAUGCUGACCCCAUCAACGGUUUCAACGCUGUCGUCCAAAAGGAUGUGCCAGUGGCCGCAGUUGCUCCCGUCGUUGCUGCCAAAGCUGUUGCAGCCCCCAUUGUGGCUGCUCCAGCACCAGUCGUUGCCAAUUCCUUAGCCGCUCCAAUUGUGGUCUAAACUAAGGGAAUCAAACCGGAUUGUUAACCA